AUGGUGGCAAGUGCUGGCAGAACUGCAGGAAUGGCCAUCUCGCGGCUGCACGCCAGAUGUCGUCGCUCUCUCCGUUGGGAUCACGGCCUGCGCCAGGGCCGCAAAGUGGCAAGAUGCGAUUGGUCUGGUGUCGGCGAUGUCAAAGAUGGGUGUGAGGCCAAACAACGUGGCUUACAACAGCAUGAUUGCAGCAUGCAGCACGGGUCAAGCGUGGGAGAUGGCUCUGGGCUGUCUGCAGCACAUGACGCAUCUUGGCCUUGCCGACAUCAUCAGCCUCAACUCGGUCCUGCAUGGCUUGGCCGGAGGCCUCCAGUGGCUUCGCGCCCUGCAGCUUCUUCAGGAUGCCGCGUCAGAGCCUUCGCCAAGCAAGCUGGAUGCUUUUACCUUCAACGCCGCAAUGAAUGCCUGUCGCCUGCAAUGGGUCCAGGGGCUGGCGCUGCUACAAGUCAUGCUGCAAGCCAGAUUGCUACCCGAUGUGGUCACUUGCAGCAGCCUGGUCAGUUCCUGCACAUCCUGCAGCCACUGGGCCAGGGUCACCGGCUCAGAGCAAAGAAAGCGGCUGCAGCGGUUACCGAAAUGCGAUUUGCCUACCGGCAUGACAACAUAGCCUUCAGUCCAGGAGGGGAAUGCGAGGAAGAGCUAGGCGGCGACAUGGCACGCCGACUUAUCAAAAUGCAAAGCCAACAUUGCAGCGCCAAGAUUCAGGCCUCCACACUGUGCGGCCAGCUGAAUGGAAAGCUCCCUUCUGUGGUCGCCAAGUUUGCCUUGGGCAUCCUCGUGUUGGUGCCCCUGAUCCUGCUCGAGCUCUUGGCAUAUGGCCUGCUGCUGAUAGUCCUGGCCGCGGCCGUCUCAGCCUUGGCAUGGUGGCCGCCGGCACCAGCAGCGAGCACCGAGAAGGUGAAGAUCAUGAGAGUACCGGCCCCCGGCAGCCUAGCUGGGCGGCUCCGAUCUGCACGAGCAGGCGGUGAGCAGCGUCGCAUGGCUGCCGUGCUGCGUGAGGCAUUGACACCAGAUCUGUGUGGCACCUUGCACGAGGACAGCGACGAGGUGGAAGCCGAGGAACUCGUUGAGGAGGUCUGCAAGACGCUGCAGACUAUAUCCUGUAGCAGCACAUCCUCUCAAGCUUUGAAAGCCAUGGGUGCAUCCUUUGGCGAGAGCUGCCUUUAUCUUUCUGGCGGUGGCAUGCUUGGGAUGUACCACAUAGGCACGCUUCGUCAGCUUCUGGACGACGGCUUGCUUCCAGACAAUCUCUGCGGGACCUCUGUUGGUUCCAUCGUCGGGGCCUUCGUCGCCACGCGAACAGACAACGAGCUCAGGGAAGAGUUCGACAAUCUUGAGGUCUCAGAUGACAUUGUUAUCUUGGAUUCGACACAAGGGCCAGCCUUUUUGGCUGGUGACGUAGCUCUUAGAACUGACUCGGUGGUUCAAUUGGCAGAGAUUUUCAGUGGAGGCUUUGCUGGAUGGACGCAGGCAGCUUGGUCACUUCAGGAUGCAGGGGUCGCGCUCAGAACUAGUUGGCUGCUCGACAUUGAGGAUGAUUAUCAGGCCCCGCUUGAGACUCUGCUGCCUUCCUUGCAAACAGUACAGACAGUUGAAGAGCUUGAGGACCUUUCCGAUACCACUGAACCGGUGUUCUUGUUGGCCAACUUUGAGCAUUUCUGGUGGCAUAGGGUGUGGGCAACACUUCCUCCCGACAUGGUGGUGUGCUCACCACCCUGUCAGCCAUGGAGUGCUGCAGGAGCGCAAAGUGGGCUCGACAGCCCAGACGGGCGCCUGAUUCUUCAGCUGAUUGCCAUCUUGAGGGUUGUCAGGGUUCCGGUUGUCUGUUUGGAGGAGGUUCCAGGGUUCCCUCUUCAUAAGGACUUUCAGGAGAUCCAUAAGGCUUGGACCGAGGCUGGUUAUGUUUGCAUUCUCCGUGAAGAAUUGCAGCUUGCAGAGGUUGCACCGACUUGGCGCAAACGUUACAUGAUGGUUUUUGUGCAUACCCAGCGUCUGCCCCAGGCUUGUCAAAUGUUGCCCUUCCAGGCGUGGGUGCCGCACCCACGCCCGUCAUUGUCGGGCAUGAAAGCCUACUUUCAUAUCCUGCCUGCCGACAUUGUGCGCCCUUGUCAGGUCAACAAAGAGGUGUUAGACGUGUACAUGGAUCCAUGGUACCUUCCACCCUGGGGACGGCAUGACCAUGAUGCUGUUUGCAAGUAUCGGCUGUGUGCCCCGACGCAGCAAGCCCGCACCUUCAUGGCCUCCUACCACAGGCAGCACCAGCUGCCACAAGGGAUGUUAGAGCGUAAAGGGUUACUUUGCAGCUUGCUAAGGGUGAAAGACACAGUUCGGUUUUUCUCCGCGCCUGAGAUAGCCUCGUGCCACGGGGCACAGCGACAGCAGCUUUUCCUCGCGGACGAUGAACGGUGUAUGCGGUACUUGGGUAAUGCAUUGGCCGUCCCUCAGGCAACAGUGAUCCUCGCCCAUGCCGUCAAAUGCUUUCCCCACCUGCGCCAUAUUGCCCCAGCAGAAGCUGUGCAGCUGACCAUUGCGAGCCGCCUGCAUGCUGCAAACUCAGCCCUCUUUCGGGUUAGGGCUGGUUGGUUGAUGGUUCGGGCUGAUAGGCUAGGCGUAGCACUGGCGCAGGCCAGUUUACGACUGCAAAUCGAAGGCCUUAUGUGCAGCAGAGGCCAGAUCUUCCACGAGCUUCAUCUGGGCGAGUGGCUGGAGCCGACUGGUUUCUCUGCACAGCAAAUCAUACCGUUCACAUGCCAUCUCACCUUGGAGAAUGUGCUACAGUGCCUGGGUCUGUCGACACCACAGGAAAUACCAGUGCCGCUGCAGACUGCUUCUGCAAAAGUGUACCAGGUUGCUGUGGACGAACUGCCCACACUUGACCUCGAAGUGCGGACGCAUUGUCCCAGUCAAGGCUUGAGGCCGCACCGAGUGUUUGCAGCUCCGGGCCAGUUCGUGUGCUUGGCAGGUGCUCCGGAUUUCUUUCAUCAGCUCAAGUGGAUUUUCGAUAAGUGCCGGUUGCCCGACUCCCCGAGGGUGGUUUGUCUCUCGUGUUUCGGGGACAAGUACACCGAUGCGGCUCACUUGCCAAAGCAUUUCUUUGUAGCCUCCGAUGCAGAUAACAUCCAUCAGCAUGCCCCCACUUUUACUGCUGCGCAGGUUGAGGACUGUGCAGUAUCGGAUCAUGCUGACGGACUGCUGUUGCGAGUUGGCCAGGACAGCGCAUGUGAAUGGGCUCUGCAGGCGCCUUACCACUUGUUUGAAUGUGUUGGGUGGUCUUUGUCACCCUUUGCAGGGGCCCCGACUGAUGCAUCCUCUUUCUGCCUGCUGGCCGCCCCCUUCGCCGAAGGACAGGUUGCAUCGACUGACACCAUCCGGGGCUAUCUGCGGGACCUUUUGUUCCUUGCACAACUGCGUCACCGUGGUUCCGACUCUGCGGCCGGCCCCUUUGUCUUACAGGUGCAGACGCGUACACUGUGCCACUUGUCCCUUCCUUCUGACUUCACUCCACACCGUUUGGAGGAUGCGUGGCAUCGUGCCAGUGUCGCCACAGGCUGCUGGCCAGUUGCUAGGGUCUUCUCUGGCCCACGUUACUUGCCGCAUGAUGAAAGGUUUGUGGACCUCUUGCAGGAGGAUGCUCUUCAUGUUCAGUCUGCUUCAGGACGCCCGGUCUUGUCAAUUUUUCCGGAAACUCGCGGCGGGGGUGUCAAAGAUGAAAACCAGCAGCUGGCCAAGACUAAGAUUGCCACCCUCCUGUUGGAGAGAGGGGUUCCUCUACCGCAAACAACUGUGGCUGUUGAUAAUUUGCUUGCUGCUGCCGGCGCCGCCCCUUGUCUUGCUGCCAUGUCUUUAUCCGGCUCAGCGGCCCAGUGGCGCCAGCUGAAUGUACAUGCAAAGGCUGUGGGUGUGCCUCUUCCUCUGGGGGACAACCGCACCGAGAGGGCAGCUCAACGAAUACAGCAGGCCAUACGCCGUCGUAAGCUGGCACAGGCUGCCCCCAUCGCCGCCAAUGACUUCUGCUUGGUUGAAGGCACCUGGUGUGGAGUUGAUGGACAAUCGGUUGCCGUGUUGGAUUCCAUUGGCCCUGGCGCCAACGGCGUCAUCCUCAUGGAGCCUAGCCAGGCUAAUCCACAGGACAUUGCCCUUCUUUGCAACAUGGGCGCUGAGGCCUUGUGCGUCGUGGUCCCUGGCCACAACUGCCCCGAUCCUGAGUCGUGCAGUGGCAAAGCCAGUGUGCCAGUUGAGCAUCGACAGACGCACUGCAAACAUCUGCUCGCUGUGUGCUACCAUAAUGUUGGCGACACUGCAAUUGAGCCUUACGUGGAGCAUGGUUCCCAGGUUGAGCUGGCUGGCACUGUCUGCUGCACCUUGCUUAUGUACCGGGAUGAAUGCCCAACCGAAGAGGCAUGGCAAGAGGCCGUACAGGCCCCGGUGCGUACCGUCGCUCAGGCUUUCAAGGCCAAUGGGAUGCCCAAUCCUUUUUCCCAUCCGUGGGGUCGAGCCUUUCGCGCCAAUGGCCGGCCCAGUCAGCCUGCGCACUGCGAUGUCUUUCUCUUCCAGGCCAAGGUCGAAGAAGGGCACUUGCGGCAGUUACUCCGCCUCAGCGGCUUCAACAAGGUUUAUGUCGUGCCCAAGGGGUGGAACCGUGCAGUCCUGGAAGGUUGGUCGGUGGUUUGGUUGUCCGGUCCCCGUGGUGACAUUGAACGCCAGGCCGCCCUCAUGCCCGAACAGCACGGUUUGGUACGAGGGAAAAGUCGCUUCGGAAUACGGGUUCCUGGCCACGACUUUGAGCGACUCUUUCGGCAGCUUCGGCCCGGAGUUGCUGUCCCUGACUCCUUCGAUGUGCGGACUCUUUUCAAGGUGGGGCCUCUGCCACCUGGUGCCACUGCUGAUGCUGUUUUGCAGUGGGCAAAGAAGCUCCAUUGGAGGCUACGAGUUCUGAAAACACUGGGCCCACAGUUCUGGCUCGUCGGCACAGAUGGCCCCCCGCCUUCAGAAACCUUGACUUUCAAUCAGACGCCAGUGCUGGUAACACCUGUGCGAGGACGUGAAACACCGCUGCCCGUCCUGCAAGCUGGUGGGCCCCUGCCGACAUCUCGCAAAAGCCCCCAGACAACUGACAGUGCUGAUCCCUGGCUGCAUAGUGAUCCGUGGAGCACGUACCGCGCCUCGCAAUCAUUGGGCUCCGCUGCUCCAACUGCUCAAGCCUCGCACACAACUGCCGCUGCCCCACGAGCCAUCGAUGCACAGCUGCAGGGCCAGUUGCAAGCCCAGGAACACCGUUUGAAUGACCUGGAGAAGUCACUGCAGGGUCUACGUGAUGACCAGGCGGCUGCGGCCCGUGAGCGUGCCGUGGAUAAACAGCAAGCCCAUCAGGAUCUUGCUGCCGUGCGCACAGAGGUGCAGGGUUUAGGCGUAGGACUUCGCCAACAGCUACAAUGUCAGAUGGACAGUUACGCCGCUGCACAGAAGCUCCACGAGCAACAGAUGACUGCGGGCAUGGAGGAACUCAAGGCCUUGAUCAUGUCCACGGCUGAUGUGCGGAAGGCCCGCAAACUGCCUGCCGACGACUUGCCGACCUCUCCCGCUAUCAGCGAACUUGAUCUGGUCCCCCAGCUCGUGAGCUGGACGGCCUUGCAUCCUGGCCCGGAGGCCAAACAGGCUCGUCUGGACUGCUACUUUAAAGCUGCCGCUGCCCCAGUGCCUCCGGCUUCGCCUCCUGAAGAUGGCUCUUGUGUCUUUGUGGUGGCAAACCCCACCAGUGUCCUCCACAAGGUUCCUCUCUUCCUGCAAACCGGUGCAGAUGUGUUGGCCCUUUCGGAGACCUCGGCUGUUGCUCAGGUUCAGAGUCUCACGCAGCGUGCUUUCAAGAAACACGGCUUCAAGGUUCAUUGGGGUUGCGCGGUCCCGAGUCAUGGUCGCGAGGAUAGUGCACUGCCUUCACUCCGGGGCAUGGCCGCCGGAGUGGCCUUGGCUUCGCGCCUGCCGAGCCGGGCGUCACGUCCCGCCCUUCCCCGCGAGCUCACUGAUUCUUGUCGACUGGCCGAGGCCUGGAUUCGUCUAGGGGCCCUCGAGGUGCGUGUUUUGACGGUGUAUGGUUUUCCCAGAUCUUAUACUGAUGCCCGACAACUGACACAAGACUUGCUGGCUACUGCGGCUGAAAGGGCUUCCCAGAACGCCAUACCAUGCAUCAUCGCAGGCGACUUUAACGUUGCUCCUUUGGAUUUGCCUGCCGGAGCCGCUUUGGCCUCCAUGGGCUACCAGGAAGUAUUCUCUCUCCACCACAACAUGCAUGGCGAGCAACUCCCGGCCACCUGCAAAGGCGCCACGCGCUACGAUACUGCCCUCCUGCACCCGGCCCUGGUGCCCCUUUUCCGAAAGGCCUGGGUCCUGUCCGACCGGCAGUUGUUCGAUGCACAUGAUCCCUUGUGUUUUCGCUUGGCGUUGUGUGCCCAGCGGCCCUGCCGGUCAGUGUGGCGUUUACCGCGACCUUGGAGCGAGCUUUCCCUUAAUAAGGAGUCUUUCGCAGAGGCUUUUCGCCCCGCUGCUGCUAGCCUUUGCCAACAGGCCACAUCAUGUGCUACGGUGGCCGACGUUGAUGCAGCUUUGCUUUCCUUUUCCCAGGCCGCCGAAACAGCUGCUCAAAAGGCAUUGUAUCAACAACAUGUGAAGGACCCUUUGCGGGCGCCUGUCUCCAGUCUGCCCAAGGCCUACCGUGGGCGCUGCCAGAAUCGUCCUGCCAUACGGCGUGAGUUGGCCCAGUUGGCCCCGCCGGACCGCUCAGGGGGCUAUGUUCCCGAUGUGGAAGUCACUUCAGUGCUGGGUCGUAUGAAGGUCCGUCAGGUCCGCCGCGUCCGCACCUUACGGUCUGGCCUGGUCAAACUGGCCGGUCUUGGUCCCUCCGCCGCGACUGCUGCGCUGCGCGAGCAGCUUCGGAAGGAAUGGCGGGCCAUUCUGUCUGCCAAAGGCUAUCCGCCCCGGUUCUCCCAUUGGGUUCUGCAGAUUGCAUGUUUUCACCACGUGCCUCACGGCCUGCCAUCAAUUGAGUGGAUUACUUUGCUGGCACAGUAUCUCCAGCACGACUGUGAUAGUCUAGUGCGGCAACAAGCCAAGCUCCGCAAGGACAACUUCCAUUACCAGAUGCAAGUUGAUGCCACUGACAGUUAUGGUCGUGCUGGUUACCGGGCCCUGCGUGCCGAGGCAAACCCUCCUUUCACAGAGGUCCCACAUUCCAUCCUUGCCGAGGUUGAGGUGUGUUCCGGGUCUGAGACUUCUACAUACAGGGUCCAGCCUGCCCCCGCGCGGCCUUUCCGGAUACCCGGCCCCGCCAGCAUCGGCGACGUUCCAUGUCAACUUCUGGCCUGCAAGGAUGGGUGUCUCUACCUGCAAGGCUCUUCCCUGCCUUCUCGCGGCAUUCUGCGUCAGGACAUUGUUGCAUGCACCUCUGAAGAGUUGCACGAUGCCUUUGAGGCCUAUUGGUGCCCAAUUUGGCAGCGGGAUAAUGGCCUCCCUUCAAAGUCGGUUGCUGCCUGGCCAGACUUUGCAAGCUUUAUGGCUGAACAGACGGUGCUGCCCAAACUCCACGUGCGAUCUUUUGCCCCGGAUCUGUGGCUGCGAGCCAUCAAGCGGUUGCGUGCUGCUACUGCCACCGGCAUUUGUGGCUGGAAUGCCGGUGAUCUUAAGCUCCUCUCUGAGGAAGCAGUGACAGUGCUUGCCCAUAUUUUCCACCAGGCGGUGACGUGUGGUCUGCCAGAUCAUAUCCUGCGGGCCAGAGUUUGUGUUCUGGCCAAGGUCAGGUCUCCUGAGAACAUGGGCCAGGGUCGCCCCAUAACAGUCUUUUCCACGAUUUAUCGUGUCUGGGGUUCAGUCCUUGCCCGUCAGGUGCUGAGGGAGUGGUCCACUGUUUUCCCGGCCGCGGUCGCGGGCUCAAUGCCGGGCAUUGCGUGCCGCGAUGUCAGCUAUCGGCUGCAGCAUCGCAUCGAACAGUCAUUGCUUGGGGGCCCGUGCCUGUACGGAUGCUCCAUUGACCUCAUCAAAGCGUUCAACCAGUUGCCCUGGGUGCCAAUUGCCACUAUGAUGUGUCAUCUGGGUCUUGAUGAGGACAUCGUCCGCUUUUGGAUUGCCUGUGUCCGAGGCCACACCCGCCAUACAUCCUUUGCUGGUUGCCUCUCGACCCCAAUACACAGCUACAAUGGAGCCCCUGAAGGUGAUCCUUUUAGCGUCGUGGCCAUGGCGGCCGUCUGUUAUUGGGGGCACGUUGCCGUGCGAGCCACCUCAGUCACAUUCGAAACCUACGUCGACAACUGGAGCUGGUCCAGCCAGUCUACAGCUGCCAUAACUGCUGCAGUCCCACUGUCGCUGCAAUUCCUGCGUUCGCUGGCCUUGCCUGUCGAUGGUGCCAAGUCCUACGUUUGGGCCACAAAACGUCAUGGCCGCAUCUGGUGGCGCACCAAUAAGGAUCGGUUGUUCCCUGACCUCCCUGUCAAAACUGUCACGGAAGUCCGCGACCUCGGCAUCGCUUUUAAGUUUGACCGUGCCGGUCACGCAAGUGCGCGACGACACAGACUUGAGGCAGGCUUGCAGAGCAUCGACCGGUUGCGCCAAAUGCCCCGUCCCGUGAUAGAGCGCGCUGCCUUGCUGCAACGCAGUAUCUGGCCUGCCUGUCUUUAUGGCUGUGAGGGCACGAUGCAUACACAGGCUGACCUCCAACUCCUGAGGGGACGUGCCGCCCGUGCUGUGGUGGGCCCACAUCAGAUUCUGAGUCCUCAUAUUGCCCUCUCCGCGGUGACCUCAGGGGUUCAGGAUCCUCAGGUUUACUGCUUGCUGCGGCAGUUGAGUGCUCUGCAACGGGCUUUCCGAGUUGAUGUGGAUACCGCUGUGUCCGUCUUGCAUUUGGCCACAGAACAGCUCGACGUACGUGCCAGUCACGGGCCGGCCACUGCUCUGAAGCUGUCUCUGUGCAGGGUGGGCUUGUCAUUGACGAAAGAGGGGGUGCUCAAAGGCCCUAACAACCAUUGGGUGGACCUCACUGCUUGCCGCCUCUCUCAACUGAGUGACCUGGUGCGAACUGCGUGGUCCUAUCAUGUCCAGGACCUGACCGGACACCGUAAUGGACUGGCCUCCGCGCCCCCUGCCUACUUACCGCUCACCACCACUUUGUUCGGGCGUCUCACGGGAAAUGAGCAGCUGAUCAUUGCCCGGCACAUCGCGGGGGGGUUCUCUUCCAGUGCUGCCAAGAGCAAGUGGUGUGUGGCCGUCGAUGGAACAUGUCCAUUGUGUGGCCAAAUGCAGACAAAGGCCCAUAAGUUCCUGCACUGUAGCAAGCUGGCGCAUGUCCGCGCUGAUUGGACUGACACGUUGCAACUGGUGACUGAGGCCUACCCUCACUGGAUCCAUGGCCCGUUUGCUGUUUUGCCUGAUAGCACUGAGGUUCUUCGCCUGAUCUUUCAGACGCGACAGUUGCCUGCUACACCGCAGCUGCCCCCAAAUUGCCACCUGCCUGGCCCUCGAGGCUACUUCCGGCUGUUCACAGACGGCUCCUGCCUUUUCCCGGAGCAUGCUCCUUUCCGCCGAGCUUCUUUUGCGGUCAUUCUCGAUACCACAACCGCCGAUUUCGAGAUACCCCUGGAACUGCAGAAGUGGCGGGAGAACCAGGUCUUGCCGGAUAAGUUCCAUGUCUUGUCUCAGGGCUUUGUGCCAGGUGAACAAACCAUCAAUCGGGCGGAAAUCUGUGCCGUUAUCAUGGCUGCCCGGUUCGUGUGCGACCAGAGCAUCCCAAAGGCGGUGAUCUUUACAGAUAGCCAGGUUGCCAUCGAUGCCUGGCAAAAAGCUCUGGACAAGGAGGCUGGCCCCUGGCCUGACCUUGAUUUCCUGCUUCAGCAGGUUGCUUGCUCCGAUGUGCAGUUGCAGAAGGUCGAGGCUCACCAACGACUAGACAAACUGUGGGGCAUGCCACAGUGGUUUGCAGCAGGGAAUGAGGUCGCUGAUGCCGCCGCUAAAGCAGCGUUGUCCCGCGAGUCCCAAGUGGUCCAAGACAUUGCGGCUGCUGGUCACGACAGCCUCCUACAACAGCACGACUUGCUCUGGUUGUUCUGGCGAUAUUUGCUGCGUCUGUCCCAGGAAGAGUACAGAUUGCUUCAACAGGUGCCUACAACAGCCCCGACGAGCAGCGCUACAGAUAUCUCCAGCUCUGUUGAGCUGCCAGAUCUGACAAGUUGGAUGCAGCAGGACCCAGGACCUUUUCAAGUUCUUCAACUUCCGCAAGUUCACCGCGAGUGGUUGUUGUGCUCAUAUUGGCCGCCGUGGUUUACGUUGCCACUGUGGGAAUGGUUGCGCGCCAGUGCAUGGUCCGUACAUCGACAUUCGCACAGAACCCCGCCAGGUACGGCGUACAUUGAGAUGUUGAUUGAUUUUGCCAUCUGUACCAGGGUUUGCCCUCCGGAUUCUCUGGAGUCUGGCGGGCGAACAUCUGUGGCGCUGAUAGUGACGAAUCAACUCCUGGCCCCGAGAUCUUUGGUGCAGAGCUUGGUGGCUGCAGUAAAGCAACUGGAACGUAGCUCUAGGUUGCAGCUGAUGCCCCGCCGACGCAAGAAAGUCUUCGCUCUUCGACGGCUGGGUUUCUGUGAGCCCCGCAUCGGAAUCGACGCCCGGCUUCAGAUUCGUGUGACGCUUCGACACGAGGAACUUCGGGGUGUGGAGUCGCAGCUGCUGGCCCACUGCCCCUUUUCAGUGAAUCCACACGUGGUGCCACUCUCUUUGCCCCUUUUGCUGGCCGGCCGCCUUAGGCGCAGCUCCAGUGCUUGGGCAAGCACAAGCAUGGCUGCUGCCGAGCCUUUGCUCCGCAGGUUCAUUUGGGCGUCGCUUCGCACGUUGCAGUCCUGGACCGGGCUCCCGCCCCGAGGUGGUUGGAUCUACAAUCUCAUGUUCCAGGACUACUUCGGAGAUGCGCUUGGAGGACUCUUUGCUUCGCCGGCAAGGGCGGCUUGGGGCUGGACCAUGGACGUGCCAACCGGUCUGGGCUUCACUUGCAGUGAGGGCACCUCUCUUGGCUGUGCCUCUCCUGCAGGUUGUGAGGACUCCAACUUUACUUGUACGGUCGUGCCCGAUGCGGGCAUGGGCUGCGAUGUCAAUUCCACAAACGUCGUGUGCUCCAUUGAAGGCGGUGCCCAGAACUUCGUGCCGGACUCGGCCGAUCCGCGGUGUGCCCAGGUGAAUACCAGCAGCCAUUACAACAACGCCAGCCUGUCCUGGAGCACGGUCCCGACCUGCGGCACAACCACCAGCACAACGGCCGGUGCAACGACGACGUCCGGUGCAACGUCGACGAACGGUGCAACCUCGACGUCGGAUGCAAGGACGGAGGUGGUCGGAUUUGCUGCGGCGGCCCUGGCAACGGCACAGCUGCUCUAA